AUGACUAUUGAAUUCAACCGUCUCCUCCGCAAAGACAUCGAAGAACAGCUUCAUAGAAGACCGUACGCAGAACUUGUGCGGGCUUUUCCAACUGAGUUUGGAAUUGAACGACGCUUUAUGCUGGACGAAUGCCGAUGGAUAGAGGCGCCACAACCCACCGAAACCGACGCUCUGGGUCCCCACCCUCCUGUCGAUUCCACACUCGAUGGUCUGAAGUGGUGGAAUGAGCAAGGAAUGGGUGGCAAAGUCCAUGAUGAAAUUUCUACGAGAUUUUACGCCUUGAACGAACCAAAAGAUCUCAUGAGACAGAACGUCCUGAACUGGAUGGAAUGGUUUCCUACAAAUCCAGAUCAAUUUUCUGUGGUUGACAACCGAACUCUAUCAACCGUAUCUGCUGCGACAUCUUGGGAAGAUAGGCAAUCUUUUACCGAUAGACCUGUGAUUCAUUUUGUGCCUUCGCUCGAUUCUGAAGAUGAGUCCUCUGAAUCUUCGGGCUCGGAGUUGUUGUAA